CAUACCACUUCCUCGUCCAUGUAUCUAGUAUGCAAGCUGCAUUGGACCCGCCCACCUUAGCUCCUCCGUUUGAGGGUUUCCCCUUUGUUAUAUGAUGUAGGGAAAGGGAAAGGUGGGGAGGUCACAGAACAUCAUGUCAAAUAUAAACUACUCCCACCCAUGUUGUUUAGAACAUUAACAAGCUUCGCACAGAUGACUGGAUUUUGUGUUGUCUUUCAACAGGAAGGUGCUCAUAGAUUUUGAUAGGUUACAGACGAAUGACCCAGGAAUGAAGGUGCGGAGACUAAACUUCUUUCCUCUGGGGCAGAUGGAGGACAUAGGCUGGUACUUCAGAGAUGGUCAAGUGUGGCGUGAAUAUGGAUCCCAGGGUUUAAGCAUGUUGUCGCCAUCAGUCAGCAGCAGAGAAGUUGAACGACAGUUCACCCUGAACCCUCAGGGAACCUUUGCAUUUUCAGGCUACGUGAUCGAUUUCUCAAACAUGACCGAGUUCCACACCUUUACAGGCUCUUAUAAGAGGGUGCGCAGGCGUCCAAAAUUUGCAUCCAACACUGGAGUACUUGGCUCCACUUCAGCCCUGCUCACAGCCGCCGCCUCCCAGACCUACAGGUGGGAAUUAACAGGAGAUUGCCCAAAUUGGACAGAACACCGAGCACGUAUAUGUUUAUUUGACAGCAGUGGUAUUGAGAGACAGCACCAGUUGAACCAACGGGGCACACUACACUUCAAGAUGAACAGAUCCUCAUACACGCUGGGCUUCUCAGGUAAUACACACACUUCAGAACUGUUAAACCAAACAAUAAGGCUUUUGUUGAAGCACAUUAUAUGACCACUAGUAUAUCACAGGUAUGUCUAAGUCGAUAACAAUACUGGGACAAGAAGAUCAGUUAGGUCUCCUUUAUAUUCAGCAGAACACCAGGAAAGGAGAGAUAUUUAACUUAGUCACCACAUAUCUCUUAUUUCUUGAGUUGUUAAUGUGGAUUAGCGUAAAUGUUACAUUGGGAAGUGAACGCUGCCCCCUUACACACUGAUUAAUAAUUUGACUAGUUAUUCUUUCUUGAUAAGACACCUGCGUAAAAGCUGAAUUUCUGUGAAGGUGUAUAUGCUUUGAAUGUUUAUAGUUUAAAUCUACAGUCCUGGCUAAUACACCUUUUGUAUUUUAUAACAGUAACUCAGAUAAACCUGAGCACGGGCACAACCAGAGCGGUGAGACUUAAUCAGUGACUGAGGGGAUUUGUAGGUCAGGGGUCAACUUAAUGUUGAUCCUACCAGUUGUGUCACUGCCCACCUCAGGUUGCCUCUCCUGUCAGAAGCUGCCUCCUCCCUUCCUGCCCUCUUCACCUCAACAGGCUGAUCGACAUUUAUUUAUUCCUCCGCUGAAGUCAUUUUGUUUUCAUUGCAAGUUUGAAUUUUUAAUCAAGCUACACUAACAUGCAGAGAUGCAGUAAAUUAAGCCAUGUAUGAGUUUUCUACAUGGCCGGGUUGAGCACUUGUGAUAGUGGCUAAUGUAGCCUAUUCCAUAUUAAAUAAGUGGAAUCCUUUACAGAUAAAUCUUUGGAGAAAAACUACUUACAAAUCUUUUAACUUAAAAUCAGUUAUUUUUACCAGUUUACCAUAAAAUACAAGUAAAUUCCGUGUUUUAGUAAAUCUUCAAAUAUUCACAGAUUUGUGUAAUUAUUGGACUUUUUAGAUGUUUUCACUUUUUAAAAAAUUUUUUUUUUUUUAACCCUAGUUAAUUUGCUUAUUUCGUGUAAUCCUGAUUGUCUACAAGCUGUGCCAUGUAAAUCUUUUUAAGAAUUUAUUAAAACUUCCUUUGGAUUGUGCUUCUCCUUCAUUUCUUAGAUUUACACUCAAAAAUCCAGACAAGAUUAGAUUGUGCACUUUCCUUUAUAUGUACAGAUUUCCACCCUCAGAGACCAGCACCUUGACACAUGAAACAAAGCCCACACUACACAUAUAGGACAACAGUCAUAUAUAAAUGAUCUUGUAGAAGAAUAAGCUUUCAGUUGUUCCUUUGGGGUUCUGCUAGGAUAUGUGAAACACACUCCAAAAACUACAUCCAUUUAGCAAUGAAAUAAUAUGUGCCACAUGUCGACUCAAGGUUGAAAAACAUCCAUUUGCAGACACAUUUUUAGUCUGGUAUGUGAAAAGCAGAGGAAUUAACAGAACCCAGGGAUUCAGUUAAAUGAGUAACACUGCCAUUUGUGGCAUUUUUAUACAAAACCAAAAGGGUUUUGCGAUAAAAGAUAAAACAUUUUAAACAAUUAUCAUCAUCAUCAUCAUUAU